AUGUUUAUGGUGUUUCUUCUUAUUAUUUACAUCAAUACAAUAGAUUGUCAAACAACAACAACAGCAGCACCAACAUUUAUUUACGGUUGUUCUUUUACAAAUAGUACAUAUUUGACAAACGCCGCAGUAUCAAAUCAAUUUCAAUUUCUUAAUUCUACAUCCAUUAAACUUACUGCUAGUUACGCAUUUUUAUCUACACCUUUAUCGAUAUCAACAUUUGGAAUUGGUCUUAUCUAUCCAUUUUCUACAUCAGUUAAUCUUGUACCAUUUCCUGUUUUUCUUAAUUGCGCAUCUUCUAUUCAAUCCUGUCAAUUAGGAACUAUAGCUGUUACUACAACAACAACACGCGCAUCAGAACCUAUUGGUGUACAACUUUCGCCAUUUAAUUAUUCAUCAUCAUCAUCGUCAUCAAUUCUAUUUAAUCAAAUGGGUUUAUAUCUUAAUCAAGGAUCAUAUCAAUUAAGUAAUUGUACAUUAAAUAAUGGACAAUAUAUGACUGAUCCACAGACUAUAUUUAAUAUUCAAAUACAAUAUGAAAAAACUGUUGGUACUAGUUGUAAUCCAUCUACUGAUACUUGUGGUAUAUCAUCUCUAACAACUUGUUCUUCAUCAUCCUUAACAUGUACAUGUCUUUCACCAAAUUCUCUUGUAUCUUAUUCAAAUUCAUUCUAUUGUGCUGAUACAUUAAAUUCAAGUAAUUGUAAUAUAUUCCCAUCACGUUGUGUAACAUGGUGUAAUGCAACAACAAAUAGUUUAUGUAUUUGUCCAUCAGAUACAUUGAAAAUUCAACGAAAUUAUACCUAUGUUUGUGAAUUACCUGUUAAUUCAUUGAAUUGUUCAAGUAAUGAUAGUAUACGUCGUUGUUCACUUGGACAAAGUUGUAUAAAUGGACAAUGUAUUGAUAGUAUAAUAACCACAACAAAAAUAAAUGAUACCAGCAGUCCUCUUGAUCAACGUCUUCGUAUCGCUCUUGGUGUUAUUGCUGGUUUACUUGGCACAUCCAUACUUGUUCUUUUAGGUGCAUUUUGUUGGAUACGUCAACGACAUAAACGACAACGUGCUAUAGCAGAAAAAUCUCUUUCAUUAUCGUCAGUACCAUCAGCUACACCAACAUCAUCACUUUAUAUGUCACCUACCGAACAUCACGAACAACAACAACAACAACGACAACCUUCUUUACCAAAUCGAGUUUAUCAAUUACCUGUUGAAAAUAAUAAUUCAAUAUUAUUACCAAUCUAUCGUACAAAUUCAUUUCGUCAAGCUAUUAAUUCAGGUUAUAAUCAAACAACUGAGCAUGUAUCAACAAAACGCGAUAGUUUUAUCGAUCGAUCAAUUUAUGAAAAAGAUGAUUUAGAUUCUUCAAAUUAUAGUACAUUACAAUAUGUUAUUCCAACUCGAACAUUAAAUUAUCAAUAUUCAAAUGAACAAAAUAAUAUUUAUCAAGUUUUUAUGCCAUCAUCUUCACCAACAAGUCUUACACAUGAUGUAUAA